UCCAAUAUAUCAAGCCUUAGAGAAGCUGUGCUACAACCUAUGGAAUGGAUUUUCAUUUCAACCAACAAACACACUUUGAUUAUGACUGGAUUAGACACACAGAUAUGUGAAUAUGAAACAUGUAGUUUAAAACAAAAUCAUCUGGAGUUGUGGUAUCUGGUGCAUAUCUGGAGUUUUAUUGAUAGGACAUUGAUGGAAUUGAAGCUCUUAGCAUCAUCUCAAAGGAAAAAUCGUGAAAGAACUGCGGCUGCUGUAUCAGCACUAAAAAGAAAAACAUCAGGAAGGAGAGGCGAUUUAAUUAUUUGUAAGAUCAUGACAGUGUAUGGAUGUUCAGAGGCAGGAUGGUUAUAUGAGGGAAACAAUGGCACAAAGCUUUUAAAGGAGAGAGGACUUAAAACCCCCAAAAUGAUGAAAGAUAUUUUUGACCAACUUU